AAAACCCAACAAUGAACCAGGUUUUACUUUAUGCUUUUGUCUAUGUUACAAACUGGAAGCUGUAACAUUAUGCUUUCUAUGUUCCUCUCUAAGUCACAAAGUGGCAGGUUUUUGUAUGAGUGUUUGACACAGAAACAAUAGCAAUAAGCGCUUUGUAACCAUUUUAAAAAUCAGUUUGACAACCUCAGUGUAUGACGACUGUGUCCUGUAGGAAUAUUAAGAUGAUGUUACAGCGCCCUCUGGUGGUUAGUUUCAGCCAGAGUCUGUCGCCGUGUUAUUUAAAUUAAAAACGAGGGGGGCUCUAUAUAACUAAUUAAAAAUAAAAUAUUGUCAGCCUAAGCUCACACGAUUAUAAAAUAAUAAGGUUCCAGUACAGGGGCUGGUGAAUGAAGAUCAGAGAUUAUUGCACAGAAUGUAUAAACCCGUUGAGGUAGAUAGAUGUGCAACUACUGACACCAUCUCAAGUCUGACCAAAACUACAGCCUCUCCGACUGCAUAGUUAAGAAAAUAAAAUACAGGAUCAGCAUCUGCCUCUGUGAAAGAAUGUGUGGGAGUUUACCUCUGUGAGACGGAAAAAAUGUUGCCAAAUGCUGCCCACGGCCCAUAAAAAACCGUGUCCUUAAGUACUGGCUGCAGGCACAGGAGUAAAAGUUUCUCACCAUAAAUGACACUAGUGACAAAUUGCUGCAUAAUAAUAUUUGAAUAUUAACAUGUUCAGUAAUUCUGUGUAGUGACAAAACUAAAGAAUAUGUUAAUUGGACCCUGAUAUUUUUGUUUGAUCGUUAAGAGUUCUAGUUCUAAUUGUGAGAGUCAGCAAACUGUGGUGAAGGUAAGGGAGACUUACAUAGAUAUAAUGGUUAAGAAAGAUCUAUGAAAUGUACAUCAAUUAUGAAGGGAGGAAUGAUUUCUUUUCAGUGUCUUUAUCAGGUAGCAUUGCAUUGAGAGGUUACAAUGACCUUCACUUGUAUCUAACUGUGUAUUGGCUGCAUGUUCUCUAGUAGUCAUAAUUUGAAGGACCUUUUUCCAGGCCCAAGGCAGAGAUAUUCGCUGCAUAUACAUCUUUAUCCACCCUCCUCCGCUGUCAGAUUUGUGUGUCAAAAUCAAAUCACAUAUGUGUAAUGGAAAUUCUCCGAUCAGCAUCGCUGUACGAACCACCACACUUGAUCAUGUUUUGUAACCACAGGUCAAGCAUCAUAAUCUUGUCCCAACCUGUCAGCAAAUAAGCAGAUGAUGGGAGUCUUACACUCUGUCUGUGCUGUGAUUACAGAGCCCCCUGGCCGCAUGCAAGGAUAGGACACAUAAGGAAGCUCACUCUGCUUGCUCUUCACAGGCAGGACAAAAAUUGCCCCUGCACACUGUUCACUUCAUCCCUUCAGCUGUAUGCAGGCGAUCCUACAACAGCAGCAUGCAGCCGGUUGAGGCAAGAAAAGGAGUUCCUGCCAAAAGCCAGCUGUUUGAUUCCUUGAAGGUUUAUCUGAACAGCAGUAACAGACUACAGCCCAUUAUUGGCUUGGGCAGCAUUAUAGAAUGUGUGAACGCGGGCACACACAAUAGAGAAAUCUUGUACCUGUGUGAAGUGUGCGUUUGUCGACUUAGUAAAGCUGACAUACGGAACCACAUUAUGGGAAGUCUCCAUAGAUACAACUACAUUAAAACCUGGCACCCCCACUUAGUGUCAGAAUGGAAGGACGAUGCUGGCCUCUCUAAGCUUGCCUGGCCACUAAUGGAGAAAGCCACGACAAUUGAGGGAAAAGAGGGACCAGGAGAUGUGCAGUUGUUAGAGUUUGAAGAUGCUGUCUACCAGAGGAUGGCUACAUGCAGUGAGAAUGAUGCAAUCAUUCUGAUAAAUAUCUUAAGAGAUGAGCAGGGUGAGCAUGAAAGCUAUUCAGAGACUGCGUCUGUGCAGCUGGAGCACUCUCCCAUCCAAUCGCACAGGAUUGUAUUGUUAUCCCAUAACCAACCAGGAUGGUCUGAGAAAUCCCUCAGGAUGUCAGCAGAGACAAACAGGCCCCAUUCGCUGACACAGUCUACGGUAGCUCCUUCUGUCAAGUCAGAAAGCUGGUUAAGCAACACAUCUGUUCAGAUGUCACCCAAAACUUCUGUGUUAUCAGAGAACAGCAGCAGCUUUCUUGACGGCUACACGGGAACCAAGCCUCUUAUUGGUCUUCACCGCGUGGUUGAGUGUAGAAGUGAAGAUGGCCACACAUACUGUUUGUUAUGUCACUGCUGCCGCAUCAGAGCCAACAAAAAGGAUAUCAUUGAUCAUUUAACCAGCUCAUCCCAUCUCAAGAACUACUUGAUGGAAACUCAUCCUGAGCAAGUGGAGGUAAUGAUGACAGACCUUAAUGAUCAGCUUCUGCAGUCGCUGGCCAAGAAAGUGGAACAAGAGAACGGCAGAGGAGAGCUGAGGGUGGUAAAAGCACCAGAAUCACUCUGUCUCCUACUGACUGGCAAAAGUUACCACUGGUGUCUAAAGAUGCUGUGUAAUGGAUAUACACAUACAUACAACCAGAAGAGGAAAAUAGGUGUCAAAGGGCCAAAUGUGAACAAGACUUCAAAGCAAAGCAUGUCAGAAAAAUGUGCCGCAAGGAUUAAAAGGAGGAAGAAGAAAAUAAAGAGCAAUACUGAAUUCAAGGUAAGCCUGCCUCUUAGUGAAGGUUCAAUGCUGCUGAAGAGGACAUCUUUCAGCAUGGACAGCCUCCCUGUGUCUCCUGAAUACUCUCUUCCAGCGGACUGCGAUCUCAUUCCCUCACCAGAGGCUCUGUCAGAGGAUUGUGAGUUGAACUGUGACACAGGAUCAUUUGCAGUUAACCACGGAGACCACACUUCCAAUUGUACAACCUCGCAACUUCAGCAAGACCUCUAUAGUGGAGAUGCGUAUGCUGGUCAGUCAGUUGUCUGUCAUCAGCUGGAUGGAUAUUUCAGUGACAAGGAGUACUUCAACCCGUCUGAAUACACAACUGUGACAAAAGACACAAGGUCUUAUGGGGAAAGAAACGACAAUACACAGCAUGCUUCUCAAAAGGGAUCAAAUAAGAGGUAUUACAAAGAGUGGCAAAAUGAAAACCCACAGACACAAAAUGAGUGGCUGUCAUCUGCUGUGUCCCGCACUCAGGACUGCUCAUCAUAUACCUCUUCCUACGAACAUUUAGACUCUUGUACUGAGCAAUGGCACAGCUCAACUUCACAGUGUGAAGCUGGCACAAGAGAAGAAGUCUCAAGAGAAGAGAGACUGAGGAUGAGCUCAAAUGCUACUUGGUAUUAUUACCAGCAACAACCCCAGUAUCAGUACAUGUUACAACAUCAUGCAAGUCCUCUGACAGGCAGCGUGGGGCAGCAUGCUUCGUCUUCGUUUGUCUUGGCUCCUCAUUUCAGUGCCGCUUGGAUGUACAUGCAGGCUCACAGUGGCAACAUCGUACCAGGGCCUGGAGUACAGCUUCAGCAAACACACAUGGGGAUCACAAUUGAUCAGACAGCUCCACAAAGUUACAUGGCGCAACCUGAGGCCCAGCAAGCAAUCCGGGAAGGUCACUGGGUGCUGUCUAACCACAACUCCAGUAUUGGACCUACAACAAGCCAAUAAUGACCAGUACUUUCCUCAUCCCUCUGUAUUCCUAACUCCACUCUGACCUUAAUGUCUUAGCUGCAGGUUUGUAGGUUUGGUGAAUUAAAAUUUAGAUGGAAAACAGCCUUUUGUGCUUGCAUAUCCCAGUUCUGAUUUUAUAGGUAUUGCCACUGCUAACUGAGAUCACAUCGCUACUAAAGUUACUGGUGGCUUUGACUUUCAGUUUCAUUGUUAUUUUAUAUGACAUAAUAUUUCUUUUACAUUGAACUGAUUUUGCAUUUUCAUUCUUGUAAAUUUUUAAAGCAGCUGAGAUUUUGGACCAUUAAACUGAAAUGAGUCUAGAUUGUGACGUAUCUCCUUAGAUACACUUAUAGUAAAGGGUAACUUUGUUAUCUUCUGACCUGGAACUUGUGGUAAUUGGUGGAACAGCGGAAAGAUGAACCGAAGGAGUUUUGGUCAACUUUAAUUGAUUUUUUUUUUGAUUGCAUUUAAAUGAAGUCUCUUUUAUAACAAUAAAGCCACUGUUUCUGCAAUUUCAGUUUGGUGACUUUAGCAAGUGGCUGUGUCAGGUUGAACAAUGGGCAUUGUUAAUGUUAUUUAGUGUUUGGUAUAAUGUUGAUACUUUGACAAUCUGAGCCUAUCAACAGGCAUUAAAAUUCAGCCUGUUUUAGACACUUCAACACAAAAACAUGGGAAAUGUGGUGCAGGUUGAAAAGUACUGAAACUAUGCUUUAAGCAUCAAACAAUGUACAGUAUAGCUGCUGGUAGUUUUUCAGUGUUUUAUACUCAACAUUGUAUUGAUUCAGAUGAAUAAUAGAGAUGUUAUAAAGGUUUCCAAUCACACUGAA